AUGGCCGACGCGCAGCCUGAUCACGGCACGCAUCCCGCGCCCACUACCCCUUCAGGCCCAGCACUCCCGUAUGGAGCCGACGCUUUUCCCGCCAACACCUACGAACAGCUUAUCGGUCUUCUGGCAAACAACGCCAAUCGCGCGAUAUCCGAACUCGGCUACCAUCCCAACAUCAGCCAAGAGAAUCAACAGCUCCAUGACCACUACCGCAUCGCUCGCCACCAAAACGGCAAACUCCUCCAGGACAAUCACACCCUAGCACAGUUUAUGAAAGUCCAGAGCAACGAGAUCGAAGGUCUCAAGGCAGAGCUCAAUACCGUGAAAACAUACGAUGCGAGCCUUCGAGAGUCCCUCAGGCUGGUCACCAGAGAAAGAGACGAGCUGAAUGGCAGACUGCAUGCAGCGUACGUUCACAACUGCCACAAAUGUCACCAACUCCCCCAUUACGAGCACAGCAUAUUCACCCACCGCCGCAAGGACAACAUAUGCCGCCCCCGCCACAAGGGCAACACAUGCAUAUCCCGCGUUUGCGUCAAUCGCUCACCACCUGCGUCGCCGCACCAUAUGCAGAUACACCACCCUGCACCUCCCCAAGGGCAUUUUGCACCUGGACAUCACAUGCAACCGCCAAUGGUCGGUCAGGUUCCACCAGGAGGACGACUGUCUCAUCCUCAGAGACUCCCUCAGCACAGAGCUUCGGUCCACGGCCUACUACCGCUCAACACUGCUGUCACUCCGAACACCAUAACGCAUCGUCGGUCCUCUGCGCCCGCCACGCACAUGGUCGGCCCGGGCAUGGGCAGCCCUAUGACAAUGUCUCCUGUGACCAGAUUCGGUGGCAUGACACUUUCCAAUUCUCCCGUCGGUAGUCGCCCAGGGUCCGCGGCAGGCCCGUCCUUCUCAAGACCGCCGUCCUCUGCAUCGAGGCCUCCGUCAUCCAGAGGAAUGCAUCCGCCUCCGCCUCCGCCACAUACCUCAUCCCCGAGUUCUCUUCACGGUGCAAUCAUAGAUCUCACUCAGGAUGAUCCUCAAUACGGACCGAACAAGCGGCUCAAGCUCGAACAUGGUGGCUAUGUUGUCGCAUCGCCGCCUGCUUCGGUUGUUGGGAAUGCGCCGAAGCCUCCCAGUCCUCCGUCUCUCGCUGUAGCUUCAAGAGAAGAUGCUGUUCAACUUGGCGAACCCGCUCCUACUCCUCAUGUGGACCUUCCUACUUCUAGCGCUGCACCCACCUCCAGCAAUCUGACCCCCGUUGAUGCCCCCGUUGCCGUUACAUCUCCCGCUUCUGCGCCGCCCCCAACAGAUUACCAGCCUGCAGUAGCACAGAUGCCGACCCAAUCUGAGCUUCCGCCGGCAGGCACAGACGCAUCCAUGGAGGAUGAAGCAUCGACAAUUGAAGAGGACUGUCUGGAUGCCGGCUUCGACGAAGAUAAGAACGACGAUAACACACUCUGGUGUCGCAUGUGCAGGCGAGCGCGGUUCGCUACGCUUUGUUUUGCGCGUCUGACACCUCGCUAUCCUAGGUUGCGAUUUGAGAAAGGGCACACCAGCUUGCAGCCAACCCCUUUCGUCAACGCGACACAAGACGUGCUCCUCAGGCAUUGUGAAAGCGUUCAUCCCUACGGGUGGGAGAUCCUGCGAAACAAAAUAAUUGAACAGAGAGCUGCGGAGGAAGCUCGCAGAGGUCAAUUACCAGAGGAUUGA